UUCUGGAGCUCAAACAGUGCAAAUGGCUUCACUGAAUGUAUCUGCAGAAGAACUUUCUUGUCCCUUGUGCUGUAAAAUGUUCAAGGAUCCUGUUCUUUUAUCAUGUAGUCACAGUUUCUGUAAAGAGUGUCUUCAACAGUUCUGGAGAACCAAGGAAACUCAGGAGUGUCCUGUCUGCAGGGAAUUGUCCAGUCAUGAUCCUCCAACUAAUUUUGUGUUAAAGAACUUGUGUGAGUCGUUCCUGAAGGAGAGAAAUGAGAGUUGUUCAUCAGGAUCUGAGGAGAUCUGCAGUUUACACAGUGAGAAACUCAAACUCUUCUGUCUGGAGGACAAACAGCCUGUGUGUUUAGUGUGCAGAGAUUCAAAUCAACAUGACAAUCACAAAUUCAGACCCAUCAGUGAAGUUGUUCAUCCGUGUAAGGAAAAGCUCAAUACAGCACUGAAGUCUUUACAAGAGAAACUUAAACACAAUGAAAACAUUAAAGAAGAGUUUGAGAAAACAGUUCAACACAUGAAGUCUCAAGCUGAGCACACAGUUCGUCAGAUUAAACAGCAGUUUGAGAAGCUUCAUCAGUUUCUCAGAGAUGAAGAAGAAGCUACAAUCACUGCACUGAGGGAGGAAGAGGAGCAGAAUAUGCAGAUGAUGAAGGAGAAGCUGGAGGAGAUCAACAGACACAUCUCAACUCUUUCACACACAAUCAAAGACACAGAGGAGAUGAUGAAAGACAAUGACGUCUGCUUUCUAAAGAAGUUUCUAGUCACAAUGGAAAGAGUCCAGAUCUCACAGCCGGAUCCACAGACGCCUUCUGGAGCUUUGAUUCAUGUGCCACGUUACUUGGGCAACUUGCCAUUCAGAGUCUGGAAGAAGAUGCAGGACAUUGUCCAAAACACUCCCGUGAUUCUGGAUCCAAACACUGCUCAUCCAUUUCUCGUUGUGUCUGAUGAUCUGACCAGUGUGAGAGAGAGUGAGAACAAACAACUACUUCCUAAUAAUCCAGAGAGAUUUGACAUCUAUGCAUGUGUUUUGGGUUCAGAGGGUUUUAACUCAGGAAUACACUGCUGGGAUGUGGAGGUUAAAGAGAGCCGAUGUUGGAGUGCUGGAGUAACUACAGCAUCAAACCAAAGGAAGGGACGUGAUUUCUUUAACACUGAUGUCUGGGUUGUGCAAUAUGACCCGUAUGGUCUAAUUGAUGGUUCUUUUAACGAAUUUCCUGUUGAACAGGAUCUUGAGCGUGUGAGAGUGUAUCUGGACUAUGACAGAGGAACGGUGUCAUUCUCUGAUCCUGUAACUAACACACAUCUACACACAUUCACAACCACCUUCACUCACACUGUCUUUCCAUUUUUCUGGUGCGAUUUGUUUUCUUCUCUGAGGAUCUUACCAACCAAUAGUCAGUAAUAGUUACAGCUGUAGAUCUGGAUCUUCCUGCUUUCAUCUUCUUUCAAUAUUUAAUCCAUAUCACAUGAGUAAGAGUGAUCUGUUAAUCUGAAUUUCAGCUGCAGCGGAUGACAUUACUCCAUGUUGAAUAUUACUGAUAUCCAAAUUUGUUUUCCGUUUCUUGCGCACAGCCAUUUCCACACAGCUUUCAAAGUAUUCUGAACUGUGGAAGAGCACAAGUAUAUUUUAUACAACAACUAAGAAGUUAAUACUGAUUAAGCUACAAGUUAAUAUUGAGUGAGACUUGUUGGUAUUGUCUUUUUUUUUCCACCAAUGAAAAUAAAUCUAAAUAAAGCCACACUCUAAACCCGGCUAAGUUGAAUUUACUUAAAAAACUUAAGGAAACUGGUUG